UCUUUCGCUCUCAGGUCUCACAUCCCCAAACUCUCUUCUUUUGCCAUUGUUGUCCUCGUUCUUCAUUGGAGACUCCAUCUUUUUCCCUUUUUUUUUUCUCGUUCUCUUUAGAUCUAGAAAUAGAAUUGGCCAUGAUGAGCGCUCCCCUUGGUACUAUUCAUAAUUCCACCAUGAUGACUCCGCUCACGGAUCAAGAACAGCUCCUGGAGAAUCUCCAGGUCUUCAAGAUCCAGGGCCGUGACAAGCGCGGCCGCCGGAUCCUCCGCAUCGUCGGCAAGUUCUUUCCAGCGAGGGAGUUGAGCGGGGCGGUGGGAGAGGAGGCGUUGAAAGGGUAUCUGGAGAGGAGGAUAUUUCCGGAGCUCGGGGGGAGGCCGUUCUGCGUGGUUUAUGUCCAUACUUACGUUCAGAGGUCGGAUAAUUUUCCGGGGGUGGCGGCUUUGCGGUCGGUGUACGAGGCGCUGCCGGCGGCGGUCAGGGAGGGGCUCCAGGCGGUGUACUUCGUGCACCCGGGCCUCCAGUCUCGCCUCUUCUUCGCCACCUUCGGCCGGUUCCUCUUCAGCGCCGGGUUGUACGGGAAGCUGCGGUACGUGAGCAGGCUGGAGUUCCUGUGGGAGCACAUGAGGAAGGGCGAGAUCGAGAUCCCGGAAUUCGUGCACGACCAUGAUGAGGAGCUGGAGCACCGUCCCUUGAUGGACUACGGCCUGGAGAGCGAUCAUCAUCGCCGCGCCUUCGAUGCGCCCGCGAUGGACUCGGCCGCCUCCAUGUAUUCGCUCCGCUGUAUCUCCUGAAACCCCGUAACCACCCUACCGUGUUCCUCGUUCACUCCUAUGGAAUCAACAUGUAGAGAGAUUCUGGAGAUGGUUACAGUUUUCUAGCUGUAAUUUUGUGUAAAUAUUAAAUACUAGUUUCAGCACUUAUAAAUAUUAUAAUGCCAUCUUUGAGCCGGUUGGUUGUUUC